UUUUCUCUCUCUGUCUCACACCAUGUGAAACUGCUCCGUUUUCAUCAUAUUCAUCUCUAUGAAAUCCAGAAGAAACAACUGAAACUGAAAACGAAAUCAAAGAAAACAAAAACGAAAACAAUGUUCAGAUUACACAAACACAAAUCGGAUAAAUUCGGAGAGAAAUGCGAUUUCAAGUUCUCUAACUUUCAGGCUGUUCAGGUUCCCAAAGGAUGGGACAAGCUUGUUGUAUCUAUUAUCUCUGUAGAGACAGGCAAAACCAUAGCUAAGUCAGGGAAAGCAACGGCACGAAAUGGAAAUUGCCAAUGGAUUGAGACUUUUUCAGAGUCUAUUUGGAGUCAACCGGAUGAUGCAUCUAAAGCUGUUGAAAAAUGCGUCAUUAAGUUUGUUGUUUCCAUGGGGUCAUCGAGAUCCGGCAUCCUUGGCGAGGCUUUUGUCAAUUUAGCAAGCUACAUGAGUUCAAAAAGUCUUAUUCCUAUUUCAUUACCAUUGAAAAAAUGUAAUAGUGGGACGAGCUUACAACUUAAAGUUCAGUGCCUAACACCCAGAGCAAAACUCAGGGAUGAACAGUGGAAAGACACAAAUUCAGAUAUGGAGGACGUGAAUGUUGACUAUGACGAGUUGGAAAACAAAUCAGAUGUUUCUGAUGGUACAUUCACAAGGAGUAUUGGAUCUUCAUCUAGCAACCAUUUGGAUGUUGCAUCUCAAGCAGGAGAACCAUGUAGUCGGAACAUGAGCUUCUCACCGUCAGCUUCUCGUAAUAGCUUUGACUCUGUAGAGGGCUCCUCUGGCAGGGAAAAUUUUUCCCCUCUAAGUUACUCAAGUGGAGUAGUGAACAAUCUGGUUGGAAGACAAGAUUCAGUUGGCUCUCAAAAUAGUUCUCCUUAUAGCUCUUAUUCUUUUCAUGAUCCAUUUCGGUCAAACCAGUCGUCCUUUAAUUCAAAAGCUGUAAAUUCCGGAAGCCAUCUUCAAACUCAAAGAGAAGAAUUCAAUCGAGUUCCACGUGCUGUUGCCUCAUCAACUUUACGGAGUGCUGGUUCAUCUAAAGACCUUCUGGAAGCUGCAGAAGUUACAAUUGAGGAGCUCCGUGCUGAAGCUAGGAUGUGGGAACAAAAUGCUCGAAAGCUAAUGAUUGAUUUCGAGAAACUACAGAAGGAAUCAUUGGAGCAAUCAACACGUCAAGCAAGCCUUGAAACUGCGCUCUCAGAAUCACAUGCUAAAUGUGAUAGCUUGAAUAAGGAAAUUGAGCAGCUGAAGAUCUUGGUUGAAGAAUCACAGGUGCAACCAACUGCUACUGAGAACUUGAAGUUUCAGGCCGAAGAUAUGGAAAAAAUUCUGAAGGAACUGGAAGAUGAGAUAAAGUUUCAAAAAGAAUCAAACACAAAUUUGAUGCUGCAGCUAAAGAAGACGCAAGAAUCAAACAUUGAACUUCUUUCCAUUCUUCAGGAACUUGAAGAGACUGUAGAGAAACAGAAAAUGGAAAUUGACAGUCUCUCUAAAACAAAACCAGAAGUUGAGGUAAGAAUGAAUGGCCAAGGGUUUGAAGACAAUAAGCAAAUGAAUACAACUGAGCAGAUUUUAGUAAAGAAGAUGAGAGAAAUCUCCUGUGAUUCAGAUAUGGAAGGAACUAUUAUCGAACACCCGACAAGAGAUUUGAAUGCUGAGGUUGGACAAGAGGAUAAGAGGAAGCUAGAACUUGAGCUACAGCAGUUACUGGAUGUUAAAAAGAAAUUGGAGAGUACCAUUCAGUUUCUGGAAAGAUCUCUGGAGGAAAAAAACCAUGAGGUAGAGCUGGAACGAGGUUCAAAGACUCAAACUCUAAUGGACUGUGAGGCAAAGUGGAGGGCUAUAAUAACUGAAAAAGAGAAAAAAAUCAUCAAUUUGGAAGCUGAGUUAUCUGAGGCUCGAAAUGCUCAAGAAUUGAAGGUAAUGGUUUCUGAAAAUAAAGAUAGUCACAAUCUAGUUGUAGAAGUUGAUGUUCUAAAACAGAAGAUUCAGGAACUUGAGAGGGAUUGCAAUGAACUCACGGAGGAAAACCUGGAACUUCUGUUCAAGCUCAAAGAAUCAAAAAAGGAUCUUGUGACGUCAGAUGCCUCUUCUAAAUCUUUAUCAAAUGAGUGUGCGGGGAACAAUUUUGCCUUUACAUCUAAAUCUGCAGGAAGAAAACUGAAGUCUCAAAUAUGCAAGCAUGAAGAUGACCUUGAGCACCAGUUGCAAGCUUUCAAGGACAAAGUUUGUUUUCUUGAUGGUGAACUCUGUAGUUGUCGCUCCAGAGCAGAAAAGCAGGAAAUUGAAAUUGCUGCUCUGCAACAACAGCUAGAACUUUACCAGAAAAAGGAAACUGAGAUUCAAGAUCAUCCUGCAGUUGUCUGUUCAAAGUGUAAGAUUUAUGAAUCAGAUACUUCCAUCGAAAUUUCGAAAUUGCUCUCUGAGUUAUAUGAACAGGUUCAACUCUCUUUAGACCAGCUAAAGAAGCAACAAUCUGGUCUUAUUCCUCAUGCAAGUACUGCGUGUAGUUAUGGCUUUGACAAGUCAGAAAUUUCAACGAGUACAGAUUUACAUACUCAAAAGGAGCAAGUUGAGGCUAUCUUGAAAGAUUUUAUCCAGCUGAAAACGUUUUUUGAAGCAAAAAUUACUGUUGAUGAGGAUGAACUUCAAUCUAACAAAGAAGUCGGAGCAACAGGGGAAAACUCAGAAGGAGUGAUUAAUUUGCAGGGUCCUCAUGCAUGUGAAAAUACUCAAAACACGUACACUCGGGAAGUAGAGAUUCAGGAUGCAGAAUAUGAAUCUGAAACUACAGAUCCUGCUAAGGAACUGUUGUCUCAGAUAGAUGAGCUCAAAUCUGAGAAUUUGCUGAAAGAAGAAGAGAUCAAUGCUCUAAGACAUUACUGUAGAGAGCUGGAAACUCAGCUUUCUGAUCUUCAAAAAGAAAAAGCCCUGUUGGAGGAAAGUAUGGAGACGAUGCUUAGAGAAGGAACUACCAACUCUAAACACUUGGAUGAUUUGCGUAAUGAAAUGAUGGUGCUGAAUAGCAACAUGUAUUCUCAGGUUUCAGCCAACAAGAUUCUUGAAAGCAAGUCUUCUGAGCUAGAGGGCGGCAAACAUGACCUGGAAGUUCACUUGCAUGAAGUAGAAGAAGAGAAUGUACAGUUGUCUGAACGGAUAUGUGGCUUAGAAGCACAGCUAAGAUAUUUGACUAAUGACAGAGAGUCAAGUCGCUUGGAAUUGGAGAAUUCAAAAUCUCUUGCUCAGGAUCUCCAGGAUGAGAUAAGAAGAUUGGAAGCUGAAAUGGAGGCUCUGAAAGCUGAAAUGAAACAGAAGUUACAGGACUCGCAAAAAAGAUGGAUUGGAGUUCAAGAAGAAUGUGAAUAUCUGAAAGUAGCAAAUCCAAAGCUACAAGCUACAGCUGAAAGUCUCAUUGAAGAAUGUAGUUUACUGCAGAAAUCAAAUGCAGAGCUAAGAAAGCAGAAAAUGAAGUUGCAUGAACACUGUGCAGUCUUGGAAGCUGAACUGGGAGAAUCAGAAAAUGUUUUUGCUGAUAUGUCAAAGAAACUUGAAGCACUUGAAGAAAAAUAUUCUUCAAUGCUGGAAGAAAUUGCUUCAAAGGAGAAAGCCAUUAACCUAGAACUAGAUGCAUUGCUUCAUGAAAACAAAAAGCAUAAAGAUAAAGUUGUUACUGAAGAGAGUCUGUUUAAUCAGAUGUACUUCGAGAAGACGGUUGAAGUUCAGAGCCUUCAAAGGGAGGUUGCACUCCUUACUGAACAGAUAUCUGCGACUCAAGAUGAAAAGGAUAGAACAGCUUCCGAAGCUGUACUUGAAGUGUCCCAUCUACGUGCAGAUAAAGCUCUACUUGAAGCUGCUCUUCAAGAAGUCAAAGAGAAACUAAAAUUAUUGGAGAGCAACCUUGAUACCCUCCAGGUGGAAUCUCAGGCGAAGGUGCAACAGCUUAUGGGUGAACUUGCUGCUUCAAAGCAAAACCAGGAAGUUCUGACGGCUGACCAUGAAAAACUAUUGGAUUUGUUGGAGGAUGUUAAAUCCAAUGAAGAGAAACACAGAAGCACCAUUAGAGGGCUUGAGUUAAAACUCAAAGCUUCUGAAUAUGAGAGGUUACAGGUAGCAGAAGAAGUUUCCAGCCUUAAGGUUCAAUUGGAGAAAACAGCACUGCUGCGGGAUGAAGUUCUGAGCCUUAAGAAAUCACUCAAUGAGGCCAAAUUUGAAAAUGAAAGACUGGAAGCUUCUUUCCAGAUAUUAUCAGGAGAUUACGAAGAACUUCGGGCUGAGAGAAGCCUAUGUAUGGAGAAAAUCUCUAGUAGUCAGAAGGCGAUUUCUGAACUAGAGGACUACAAGCGUAAAAAAGUUGCCCUCGAGGAAAAGGUUCUUCGGCUGGAGGGGGAUUUAACAGCAAGAGAAGCAGUAGGUUCCCAGGAAGCAGUGAUUAAAAAUGAGCUCGCGCAGAUAAGGAGGGAAAACAGCCAAUUCCAGAGAAAGAUAAAAAAUCUUGAGAAGGAGAAGGAAGAAUGUAUGAAAAUGGCUCAAGCUCUUGAACGGGAAUUGAAGCAGACGAAAGAAAUAAAACAGGAUAAUCUUGAGUCUGUUGCAAAUCUUUCUCAUCCUGAUUCAACUGCUACCGGUACUUCUCUCCAUGACAAAUUGAAGGAGCAAGACAAUGGCAAUCUGCAGACCAAUGAGAAGCCAUCUGCGGGAGCUGGUCAACUACAACAAAACCAAAGACAGGUUGAUAACGACCAAAAUUAUGAUACUUUGUCGAAGAUUCAGUCUCUUGAGAAUGAACUAGCCGAGGCUUUGGAGGCAAACGACAUGUAUAAACAACAGCUUAAGAGAUUUUUAUCCAAUGAACUGAGUGAAGAUGGAGCUGUGAAGAAAAAUGGACACGAUCUAAAGGCAGCAUCACUCGAGGCAGAGCUGAAAGAUCUUCGUGAACGCUACUUUCAAAUGAGCCUUAAGUAUGCUGAAGUCGAAGCUGAACGAGAGCAGCUUGUGAUGAAGCUCAAAGCUGGCAAUGGUCGAAGAAAAUGGUUUUGAUGAAUUAAAUAAAUUCUAGGUGAUUUUUUUUUCAGCUCUAUCUUAUUCUUUUUACUCACUAAUUUUUUGUCCUCUAUAGUUUAUAUAGCCCGUUGUUAGUAUCCAAAAAAAAAAAAA